CUCAAAAUGGCGGCUAGUCGUUUGACUGUGUGGCAGCGCUCUUAUGAUGCGCUUUCCAGAUGGUUUAUACGCUCUUCUGGCUAUUACAAGCUUGGUUUGAGACGUGAGGACUUGAUAAUGGAGGAGUAUCCGGGCGUGCGAGAGGCGCUACGUCGUCUUCCACAAGAAGAGCUCGAUAAAAGAAACUACAGGAUGGCACGAGCCUUAGAUCUCUCGAUGAAACAUAGGAUUCUACCAGAGAGCGAAUGGACAAACACGGAUGAGGAGGAGCCUUAUGGUCUACUGGAAAUGACAGAGAGAGUGAACACUGAGGAGAAAGAACGAAAGAUGUGGAACAAGAUGUAGUGUUUAGUGACAGUUGACUAUCAAUCAUGUGGAAUGUCCUGAACUUCCAUGUAUUGUACUUGUGUAUUCUCUAUCACUCUCAAUGUCAACUCUAGUGCUGUUAAUAUGAGUCUUUAUUAUAUGA